UGCGUGCAGAGGUUCUUUGUAACUUCCUGGACCCGGCAGUAUGUCUCACCGAAAACUGGUGCGGUCAGCUUUGGCCAUGGCUGGGAAGCCGGCACGUUAAAAGCGUUUGUCCUCCGUCACAGAGACGGCCCUGAGGAUUGCGACAACCCGUGUGAUCUGAUCCAGGCUCCGAGUGGGGAUGGCGACGUCCCAGGACCCCACCAUCCUCUGGAGCCCGAUGGUGAUUGUGGAGGCUGCGGGUGGAGCCCUGCCCCAGGUUUCCCAGUAUUCAGUGAAACCUGCCAACCAGGAAGAGGACUGCGUGUCCUUUGAGGAUGUGGCUGUGUACUUCUCCUGGGAGGAAUGGACGCUGCUCGAUGACUCUCAAAGGCUCCUGUACCAGACUGUGAUGACGGAGAUCUUCACACUGGUGUCCUCACUGAGACUUGAACUUUCUGGAAUUCACGAUUUAACUCAGGUGGAGUCUUGUGGAGAUCUCUCUGUGCCUGCACUGAGAUUCCUGACUCCGUGUUUAUGGACAGGUUGUUGGAUCAAAGUGGGGAGUGAAGCGUCCCCCUCUGAGCAGAGCCUGUCUGCAGAAGGAGGUGUCAGUUCAUCCAUGCUACACCAGCAAAUGCUGUGCUGUGCUGAGACCCCCUUGCUCCGCACGGACAGUGUGACGAUCCUGCAGACCUCCUCGGGUCUUCUCGGGCAUCAGGUGACUCCCAGAGGCGGGGAGCCGGCCGCGAACGCUGAGAGUGGAGAGGCCGUUCACAGUGAGAAGAGGAACUGCAAAUGCACUUACUGUGGCAAGAUCUUCACCAGUAUAUCCCACCUCAAUCGGCACUGGAAGAUACACACUGGAGAGAAGCCUUUCCGGUGCAGCGAGUGUGGCAAGUCCUUCAGCCAGAAGGCCUUUCUUGUCAAGCAUUUCAGAAUGCACACCGGAGAGAAGCCGUACAGGUGCGGCGAGUGUGGCAAAGCCUUCAAGCACAAUAUCUCCCUCAUUUCUCACCAGGGACUCCACACAGGGGAAAUGCCUUUUAAGUGCACGGAGUGUGGGAAAUCGUACCGGAGCAGAGAGGGCCUCAAGGUCCAUUAUCGAUUUCAUACUGGUGAGAUGCCCUUCGAGUGCAGCGAGUGUGGCAAGUCGUACAGGAGCCGCGAGGGCCUUCUGAAUCAUUUCUACACUCACACCUCGGACAAGCCUUUCAGCUGCGGGGAGUGUGGCCUGUAUUUCACCCAGAACUCCGAGCUCACUGACCAUCUAACAGUCCACGGCAAACCUUUCAGGUGCAAUGAGUGUGGACGGGUCUUCAAUUCCAGCUACAACUUCGUUAGACACAUGAAAGUGCACGUCGUAGCGAAGCAGUAUGCAUGCAGGGAGUGUGACAAGGUGUAUUGUAGCAGCUCCAGCCUGUACAAGCACCGCAAGGUUCAUGCCAGGUAAACCGCACAGGCGUAAGCGUGUAAACCGCACAGGCGUAAGCGUGUAAACCGCACAGGGUGUAAACCGCACAGCGGUCUCUUACUCAUCUCCGUGAGCCCAUGAAAUCUCAAAGCAAAGCAAACGUGGGCGUCUUCCGCCCCCACCUCCAGCGCACAGAAGCGGAGCACUCACUGGACUAGGAUGCACCGUGAACCCUUGGAUUCUGGGAUAAGCUCUGACCAGAGCAAAAGUGUUUUCUGAAAACAACGCACACGCCCUGCAUAGGUCUCUGGGUGUGGAAAUGGUAGGGAGCAGCUGCCGCCACUGCAGACCUUCAGAACCUGACCUUAAAGAGAGGUUCUGAGAGUGUGAGACACAGCCAUGGAAACUGCCUCCUAGUAGGUAUAUUGGGCGGUGAUGAGGACUGCUGUCAUCUUUCUGUUCCCAAGGCCUCGACGCCCGGGAGCAGUGAGACUGAGCUCUUGUUCUUGCCUUCACGAGUGGGGUGGGGAUUCCAGGCUACUGAAUUUGGACGACGGGGGAGCAGAGGGGUUUAAUGAGAUAUGACUCCUCUUUCUGCUCAGUGUUGCAGUGCUCUGAAUAAAUGUGUUUUUCUCCUCUGUAA